GGCCGAGUAGGCAACUGAGGGGGUGCACACGUAUCCCGCCCGAGCAUGGAUCUCCCCACACUGCUGACAGGGUUGCUCAGGAUCCUCCUCUGGCAGGCAGCCUGUGCAGGUGCCGAGGAGACGUCUGCAUGGCAGCUUCUGUCACCCCCAGAAUUAUCCUGGUCCCCUCCAGGCAGUGUUGUUUCUCGAGGGGAGCCGAUCCACUUGAACUGCUCCCCCCCAGGAGGACAGGAGGCUAAGUGGUUCUUCUUCCACCAAUUAAAAGAAGGGGGUAAAUGGACCGAACUGGUACAACGGCAGCAAAAUCACUUUGUGGUCCCCACGUUACACCUGAAGGCAAAGGAAACAUUUGCAUGCAGUUACUUGGGCAGAAACAGGAAAGGCAGACGAUGGCACUCUGAAAAGAGCAACCAGGCCAUGAUCACCAUCUCUGACGCCCCUCCGGCUCCCAGCCUCUCUGCACACCCUCCAGGUCCUCUGUAUCAGCCAGGAGAGACGGUGACCCUCCGGUGCUCGGCCCCCAGGGACACUCCAGGGAUGCGGUUCGAGUUCUCACAUUUCUCAGUGGGGCUGACCCCUGAAGAGACCCCUCCUCAAUAUGGGAGCUCCCUGUUCACCCUCACGACCUCCAAGGAGACCUUUGGAUUGUACAGCUGCCAGUAUUCGGAACGUGACUCGGAGAGAUGUUCCAGAAGGAGCCCUCUUGUCUUGAUCUCCAUGGCAGACCCGUCCCCGCCGCGGCCCCGACGCCUCCUCGUCUCCCUCCAUAGGCGCGCAUCCGGCGGCGCGCUCAGCACCCUGGAGAGGGACGCCCCGGGGCGGCGGGAGCGGCGCCCACCCGCACUGCGGGUGCCGUGUGUGCUGUAUGCCGACACCUGA